CAGCAGAAGCCGCCGCGAAGCAGCCGCUGCGUCCCCAGCGGAGCCCGGGCGGGGAAGGAGCAGCGGGGCCCGCGGGCUGGACCGGGGCUGACGCAACGUCCCCGCGGGGAUCCACCUGGCCGGGCUGCGAGCCGGCCCCGGGCGGCAUGGAGAGGCUCUCUCCUGCGCUGUCUGUGGACUGAACCACUUGGUGCUGACGUGUCCGUGCCAGCCGGGUGCAGCCAGCGAGACGGAGAGUGGGCAGGCGGGAGCCCCCGUGGCGGGCUGCACAGAACACGCCCGAGCCCCCAGCCAUGGCGGAUAAAUGCAGCGGGGGGUUACUGAACGGCGCCGUCCCCGGGGAGGCCACCAAGCGAGAUGAAAAUGUGAAACGGGGCAACUGGACCAACCAGAUUGAGUUUGUGCUGACGAGUGUGGGCUACGCCGUGGGGCUGGGCAACGUGUGGCGCUUCCCCUACCUCUGCUACCGCAAUGGGGGAGGAGCCUUCAUGUUCCCCUACUUCAUCAUGCUGGUCUUCUGCGGCAUCCCCCUCUUCUUCAUGGAGCUCUCCUUCGGGCAGUUCGCCAGCCAGGGCUGCCUCGGCGUCUGGAGGAUCAGCCCCAUGUUCAAAGGCGUGGGCUACGGGAUGAUGGUGGUCUCCACGUACAUUGGCAUCUACUACAAUGUGGUGAUCUGCCUGGCCUUCUACUACUUCUUCUCCUCCAUGACGCGGGUGCUGCCCUGGACCUACUGCACCAACCCCUGGAACACGCCCGACUGCACCGGGGUGCUGGAUGCAACCAACGGCUCCGCCGCGCCGCCCCUCAACCUCACCCAGCUCCUCAACCACACGCUCAAGCGCGCCAGCCCCAGCGAGGAGUACUGGAGGCGGUACGUGCUGAAGCUCUCGGACGACAUCGGGAACCUGGGCGAGGUGCGGCUCCCCCUGCUGGGCUGCCUGGGCAUCUCCUGGGUCGUCGUCUUCCUCUGCCUCUUCAAGGGCGUCAAGUCAUCAGGAAAAGUGGUGUAUUUCACUGCCACCUUCCCCUACGUGGUGCUCACCAUCCUCUUCGUGCGCGGCAUCACCCUGGAGGGCGCCGUCACCGGGAUCAUGUACUACCUGACGCCCCAGUGGGACAAGAUCCUGGAUGCCAAGGUCUGGGGAGACGCUGCCUCUCAGAUCUUCUACUCGCUGGGCUGUGCCUGGGGCGGGCUCAUCACCAUGGCAUCCUACAACAAGUUCCACAACAACUGCUACAGGGACAGCAUCAUCAUCAGCAUCACCAACUGCGCCACCAGUGUCUACGCCGGCUUCGUCAUCUUCUCCAUCCUGGGCUUCAUGGCCCAGCACCUGGGGGUGGACGUCUCGCAGGUGGCCGACCACGGGCCCGGCCUGGCCUUCGUGGCCUACCCUGAGGCCCUGACGCUGCUGCCCAUCUCGCCCCUCUGGUCCGUCCUCUUCUUCUUCAUGCUCAUCCUGCUGGGGCUGGGCACGCAGUUCUGCCUGUUGGAGACGCUGGUGACGGCCAUUGUGGACGAGGUGGGGAACGACUGGAUCAUCCGCAGGAAGACGUUUGUGACGCUGGGCAUGGCCGUGGUGGGCUUCCUGCUGGGCAUCCCGCUCACCACCCAGGCUGGGAUAUACUGGCUCCUGCUGAUGGACAAUUACGCCGCCAGCUUCUCCCUGGUCAUCAUCUCCUGCAUCAUGUGCGUCUCCAUCAUGUACAUCUACGGGCACCGGAACUACUUCAAGGACAUUGAGAUGAUGCUGGGCUUCCCGCCCCCCCUCUUCUUCCAGAUCUGCUGGAGGUUCUUCUCGCCCGCCAUCAUCUUCUUCAUCCUGGUGUUCACGGUGAUCCAGUACCGGCCCAUCGCCUACAACACCUACGUCUACCCGCCCUGGGCCAUCGGCAUCGGGUUCCUCAUGGCGCUGUCCUCCGUGCUCUGCAUCCCGCUCUACGCCGUCUACAAGCUCUGCCGCGCGGACGGGGACACGCUGCUCCAGCGUUUGAAAAAUGCCACCAAGCCCAGCCAGGACUGGGGCCCGGCGCUGGCUGAGCACCGGGCCGGGCGCUACGCCCCCGCCCCCAGCCGCCGCCUGGAGGUGCAGCUGCUGAACCCCGAGAAGCCGCGGAGCGAGGACGUCGCCCUCCCGGGGCAGGGCAGCAACGGCUCCGCCCACAGCCAGGACUCCAGACUGUGACCCUGCCCCGCCCUGCUCGGUGGCGCACUGCAGUGCCCCCUGCACCGGGCACCGCCGGGGGCUCCCCGUGUGUGCGUCCCCCCCGUGCCCCUCCCCACGCUGUGUUACCCCUCGUGUUUACAGUAGGGUCCCGCAGCCGGGCCCAGCGCACCGCCGGCAAGAGGGGAGCGGCUGCCCAGCCCCAGCCCGCCCGCGGGGGGCCCGCUCGGCAAGGGCCGAAGGAGCCGUGGAGGGCGGGUGGACCUGGGGGGAGCAGUAGGAGCCCAGGGGCAGCUCGGCCCCUGCCCAGCCCGUGAUGGGUACAGGGAAGCCAGGGCCCACGUGUCCUGGGCUGGGGGCCAGGGGCUCCCAGCUGCCACAGGGGCCGUGCAGAUGGGGCUCUGGGAGGAGGGGGCCCAGGAGACCAGCUGCCAGGGCCAGGGGGCGCCGGCCCCGCUGUGGAGGGGCAGUGAAGGGGAGGGCAGCACAGAGUCAGUGGGGUGGGGGGCAGGCAGCAGGGGGGGCAGGCUAGCCCGGCCCUUUGCUCUGUCUUCCAGGCCCUCCCCUCCUGGCUAGGCUGAAGCAGGGUGGGGGCUGCUGCUAGCGUGGCGGGAGAUGGUGUCUGGCUGAGACUGGGCAGGGGCAGAGCCUGGGGGCGAGUGGCAGUGCCAAGGCCAGGGUUGUGUCUGGGGCAGGCAGGGUCCAACCCACCCAGCAGGACUCCGACCUGUGCCCCAGGCAAGGCCCAAGCCGUAGUGUGCCACCAUCUCCCCGCCAGAGCCCCAGAGCCCCUCCCUCCCCCCAGCUGGCACCAAGGGUGGAGCACUUGGAGAGGGAUGACAGCGAGGAUCCGGGGGCGGGGGGGGAGCCCCUUUGCCAGCAUGUGCACCCACAUGCACUGCUCCCACUGGUUCGUGCACAGACACGCACGGCACAGAGCACACACCUAGGGCACAGCCAUACACAUACGGCACAUGCCCAGACAUGCACGGCCCAGACAUGCACAGCACACGUGCAGACACACAUGCACAUGCGCACACUCGCAGCACACACAGAGCACACUCCUAGGGCACAGCCGCCCCCCACACACACACGGCACGUGCACAGACAUGCACAGCCCAGACAUGCA